AUGGCCGAGGAGUUCUUUGGCGAGGAGAUUCUGGCCGAUAUUCGGGGCCAAUCAGUAAUGACCCCGUCUCCCAAACUCAACAUCCUUAGAACCACAUGGGGAUGCAAGCUAACUGCAGCGUCAUUCCCCCAGCGCGAAGACUUGCCGAGCAAAAUCGCAGCAGAGUAUGUCAACGAGACGUGUUUCGCAAGUUACGCCCGGCCGCACCUCGAGUUCCGCGAACGGUCACUGCUGAACAUCGCCAUGCUCAUCGCGCUCAACCGAUCGAACGAGCUGAGACUCCAUAUCCGCGCUGCGCUCUACAACGGCCUGUCCAGGGAGCAGAUCUGCGAGGCGUGUCGCCACGCAAUGGUGUACUGUGGCGUUCCCGCGGGGAGAACCGCGCUGCUUGUUGCGAGUAACGUGUUCACUGAGCUGGAUGCUAAGAAACCAUCCUAG